AUGCGGGUGGUGGACCCUCUGUGCCAUUCCCCAAAGAGGGCAGUCUCCCUGCCACCCCAGCAGCCCCCACAGUGUCACAGGUGGCAACGAGGCGAGGCAGACAGUCCCUACAAGGGAGGCCUCAAGGGGGACAGACAGAAUGCAGAGACCACCCUGCCCCUGAGGGACACCAGGCCCCACAGUCGCCAUGGAGACAAGAGCCAGCCACAGGCCGAAACCCCCAGGAAACGCCGCUCUCCCUGCAGGGUGGGCCUGACCUCCUGCAAGAUCCGGGGGCUAGGACCACGGGCUGGACUGCCCCCUGGGACCCGGGUUGGCACCAAGAGAGGCAAGCCAUCGAGGAUCAAAGGGGUCUGGCGGAGCCGCCCCCUGGUGCCAGGCUGGGCCCAUGAGAGACCAAUGGGGAGCAGCGACCUGGACGGGCUCCUGAGUCAGCUAAGCCAGCUGGACCAGGAUGCAGACCCUCUGGAAGAUGCUGUCGCCGCCAAGCCCCAGGCCACCCUCCUGGAGAGGCAUCUGCUGGGGGGGGAGAAGCAGCCAUCCAGCACGGGGUGUGGCCCCUUCUUCUACAUCGGGGGCGCCAAUGGGGCCUCCAUAAUCAGCUCCUACUGCAAGAGGAAGGGCUGGCAGCGCAUCCAGGACAGCCAGAGGGAGGACUACAAGCUCAAGUGGUGUGAGGUCAAGUGUCGAGACAGCUACCUCAGCUUCCGGGAAGGUGAGCAGCUGCUGUACCAGCUUCCCAACAACAAAGUGCUCACCACCAAGAUCGGGCUUCUCAGCACCCUCAGGGAGUACUCAAGGGUCACCAACAAGAUCAACAAGACAUCACAGUGUGCACAGGCCAAGGUCCUGAAAAUGGAAGAGUUUUUCCCAGAGACCUACCGUCUGGACGUGAGGGACGAGAGAGAGGCCUUCUUCGCCCUCUUCGACGGUGAGAGGCCCCGGGACAGCCCGCGCCCGGGGUACAUCCAGAACCCACUGCUGUUGGAUGGGAAGAAGUUUGACGUGCGCUCCUACCUGCUCAUCGCCUGUGCCAUGCCCUACAUGGUCUUCUUUGGCCAUGGCUACGCUCGCCUCACCCUCAGCCUUUACGACCCCCAUUCCGAAGACCUCAGUGGCCACUUGACCAACCAGUUCAUGCAGAAGAAAAGCCCCCUGUACAUGCUCCUGAAGGAAGACACAGUGUGGAGCAUGGAGCAGCUCAACCGCUACAUCAACGACAAGUUCCGGAAGACCAAGGGCCUCCCCAGAGACUGGGUCUUCACCACCUUCACGAAGCGGAUGCAGCAGAUCAUGGUCCACUGCUUCCUGGCGGUCAAGUCCAAGCUGGAGUGCAAGCUGGGUUACUUCGACCUCAUUGGCUGUGACUUCUUGAUCGAUGACAACUUCAAGGUGUGGCUGCUAGAAAUGAACUCCAACCCCGCCCUGCACACCAACUGUGAAGUCCUGAAGGAGGUGAUUCCCCGCGUGGUCAUGGAGACCCUGGAGGCGAUGCCACACUCCCAGCCCCACCCAGCCCACAUUCAGGACCUGAAGGACCCAGGGAGAGGUGGGCAGGAGAUGUAG